CGGCCAGACGCCACCGAGCCGAUACCCUCCUCUAUUAAUAAGUGGCCCGACUCUCACCGGCGUUUGUCGAUGAAUCGGCGGAAGGCAGGAGCAACUUCCAGACAACUACCAGCAUGUCCCGCCGCAAGCAAGCCAAGCCGCAGCACCUCAGGUCGGACGAAGACGCGCCGAGAGCUGACGUGCCCGUAGACCACGGCAUGUUGGAAGGAAUGGAGAGGGAGGAGGUUAAUGGAGGUGAGAGUCGCAGCGGCAGCGAGGAAACGCACAUCUGUGAGAAGUGCUGUGCCGAGUUCUUCACUUGGUCCGAGCUGAGGGAACAUCAGACGGUCUGCAUCGAGGAUCCCCAGGUGCUUAUAGUGAAAGAAGAUGAAGGGGGAGCAGCCGCUCCAAAGGAUUCCCCUGUCAGGCCCUCCCCUGUUCCCAGCUUAGCGUCCAGCGACUCAACAGUGGCAGAAUCCACUUACGAGGGUUUUGAACUUGGUGAGACGUUGACAAAUGACAAUGACAGCUCAGGUGUCCUCGAAGAAGGGAGGGAGCAGGAUGAGCCCAUGGAGCUUGAACAUCGUCCAUGGGACAAAUACACAGGAGCCUCCAGCCCUCUUCCUCCAGAUUCAGUUGAGUCUGUUUCCCCUCAGAUGACAACCGCUGGCAACUACAGCAUGCCAAGUACCAAUGUAACUCUGGAGAUCCUUCACAGCACCAGAGUGGCUGUGGCCCAGUUUUCCCAGGGAAUAAGCAGCAGUGGUGCUGGUGGAAAAGAGGUUUCAGCAGCCAUCCCAGUCAUCCUGGAGCACCUGCUAGCUCUGCAGCAGCAACAGGUCCACCAGCUACAGCUCAUUGAGCAGAUCCGCAGCCAGGUAGCCAUCAUGAACAAACAGCCCACCCAGGCAGCGUUAAACCCGGUCUCCAGAGCACUAUCUCUGGCACCUAACCCCUUCCCAUCUCCGGGCCUUAUUCCUCCAUCUAUCCUUCCCUUGUCAGGAACAAUGCCCUCAGCCAUCAAUGGACAGGCCGCUGUUUCUUUGUCAUCUGUGCUUGAGAGAUCAACUCUCUCAGUGCAAACGGUGUGUGGGCCAUCCAACUUUAAAGAUGCAACAUGUACCUCAGCCUCUUCGGAAAACGCAGCCCCGCCCCCCUCCAGCAGCAGCAGCAGCAGCAGCAGUAGUGUUUCCACAUUACUGCCUCCUUACACAGGCUCACACAUAAGCAGCGUUAGCUGUGCUCAGACACUGAGCUCCACCAGCCCGCUGUCCCUGCGGCAGAGCAGUCUCCUCAGCUCAUCCUCUAGCUUGCCAUUUCUACCUCAGAGCCCCCCCAGCAGCGUCAUUUUCCCCAAUCCCUUGGCUAGCAUUGCUGCCACAGCUAAUGCACUCGAUCCAUUGGCCGCCCUGAUGAAGCACAGGAAAGGAAAGCUGCCCAACGUGUCUCUCUUCGACACAAAGCCCAGCUCGGAGGAACCCUUCUUCAAGCAUAAAUGCAGGUUCUGUGCCAAAGUGUUUGGCAGCGACAGCGCUCUGCAGAUCCACCUGCGCUCCCACACAGGAGAGCGGCCCUUCAAGUGCAACAUCUGCGGCAAUCGCUUUUCCACAAAAGGGAACUUAAAGGUCCACUUCCAAAGGCACAAAGAAAAGUAUCCUCAUGUUCAGAUGAACCCAUAUCCUGUGCCAGAGUACUUAGACAAUGUGCCAACAAGUUCUGGGAUUCCCUAUGGGAUGUCAUUCCCCCCAGAAAAGACGGGCUCUUCAUGGCUUGAUAGCAAACCUGUAGUAGCUACUCUGCCCACCCCUAUGGGUCUUCCGCUUUCCUCCACUCAUACCAGCAUAGGAAGCUCAAAUGACCCUGUAAGUGUAACACCAUCCAUUAAAUCUCCCUAUCGGUCAGCCUCUGGUGAAUGUGUGUCUUUGUCACCUAAUCAUCCAGGCAGUGAGCCUCAUAUCCCUCCCGUUUCAGAGUCUCCACAGUCUAACCGUGAGACUGAAGCCUCUGAUAUACUUAAAUCAGAUGGAGUACAUCUGCCCCCAAACUGCAACCUGAGACUGAGGGUCAAUCCAGUUACUGUGGCAACAAGCACCACAGCCCAGACUUUGUCCACCACAUCGGAGCCCACCACCCCAGCAUCCUCUGUUCCCAACUCUCCUCCCUCCACGGUCAAGUUGGAUCAGCUGAAGUUAACAUCUGGCAGCUUCCUCGACUCUAUGCAAACUUCUGAGACCUCAAAGCUGCAGCAGUUGGUGGAGAAUAUUGACAAAAAGAUUUCGGACCCCAACCAGUGUGUCCUCUGUCAUCGUGUUCUCAGCUGCCAGAGCGCGCUGAAGAUGCACUACCGCAUCCACACCGGGGAGAGGCCCUUUAAAUGUAAAGUAUGUGGCAGGGCUUUCACCACCAAAGGCAACCUGAAGACUCACAUUGGCGUUCACAGAGAAAACCCUCCAGUGCAUGUACAACACUCAUGUCCCAUCUGCCAGAAGAAGUUUACCAAUGCUGUUGUCCUACAGCAGCACAUCCGUAUGCACAUGGGAGGGCAGAUUCCAGAGUCCUCUCCUAUGGUGGGGUUGCAGGAGAUGGACAAUAACUUAUCUUUCGGCGAGAAGAACUGUGACAGCCUCAGCAGCAACGACAAUGACCUCAUGGAUGAUAUUUCAAUUGAGGAUGAUGAUGAGGAAGAGAUAGAAGAAGACAUAGAAAAUAGUAUUGGUGGUGUAAGUCCUGUCAAGCCUUUGAGCUCUGUCUGCGAUUCCUCUCCUAAGCCUUCUACCAUUAUUUCCAGCAUCACAGCCCAGGAGGACCAAAUGAAUAUGACCGACUCCAUAGCAAGCCUAAACUACUCCUUUGACGUAAAGUCACUGACUAAUGGUUUCAUGGAUGGAGGCCAACUUGCUGUCAACUGCUCUCUAACAGACAAAAAGAUGGAGAGGCUCAGUGCAGGUAGCCCAGCUGUGUCUGAAUCCUCCAGCUCCCCCCACCAGUCAGCAUCCCCUAUACAAAGCAAUUCUGAUUGCAUAAGCAAAUCUCCAGCAGUUAACAACAGGCCAGAGUCUCAAGAGCCUUUGUCAGCCUCAGUGAAGAAGGAGCAAUCUGAUUCUCCCAGCUCUGUGCCAGGAGGUGGAUUGGCCCAGGACCUGAGGGGAAUACAGUCCGGCAAACUGUGUGUGAAAGAAGAGAGUCCUUACAGUAUGCUGUUCCAGAUGAGCAGGGAUCGAGCUGUUGGACAAAGUGUUCCAAGCCUGGCUAUCAGCACUCCAUCUGGCAUGAUAAAAACGGAGGUGAAUGGGCACAGUCAACCAAACAUUUCAAAUGAGGGGCAGCACCUUCCAUUUAGUCUCCACAUCCCGCCAGCUUAUCCCUCUGUGGGCAGCCCAGGAAUGACCUCCCUGCUUGGGUCUGCUCCUCCUCGGCGGACGCCAAAGCAACACAACUGCAAUGUUUGUGGGAAGAACUUCUCAUCAGCCAGCGCCCUCCAGAUUCAUGAGCGAACACACACUGGGGAGAAACCUUUUGUUUGCUCUAUUUGUGGCAGAGCCUUCACCACUAAAGGCAAUUUGAAGGUUCACAUGGGCACUCACAUGUGGAACAACGCACCAGCCAGAAGAGGCCGACGCCUGUCUGUAGAGAACCCUAUGGCGCUGCUUGGUGGAGAUGCCAUGAAGUUUGGAGAGAUGUUUCAGAAAGACCUGGCCGCUCGAGCCAUGAAUGUAGACCCAGGAUUUUGGAACCGCUAUGCAGCAGCUAUCACCAAUGGCCUGGCCAUGAAGAACAAUGAGAUCUCAGUCAUCCAGAAUAGAGGCAUCCCUCAGCUUCAUUCUAUGACUGCAGGCAUGGACCGAGUCAACAGCGGAGGAAAUCCAAUAACAAGUCUGGGAAAGACGGGCAUGGACCUGGGAGCUAAUAGGCAUUUUUCAAUGUUGAUUGAUGACAGUAAAGAGAUUGGGAUCAAUUGAAUAAAGCUGAUUAAUGAAUAAAUUCAUUAUGCAAACUAUUGAGAGAUUUGUAGAACAUCUUGUUGGUUCUUAUGUAUUGUAUUAUA